AUGAAGCUACCCCGAGCUUGUUUUCUUCUGGCCUCGGUGCUUCUGGCUCCAGCCAAAGCCUCGCCAUGGUUCGGUACUAAGUACAUCGCUGUUAUCGAAACCGCCGCAGUACCAGGCUAUACAGGGAAAUAUCUCACAGAGGAUCCUAUCAUGCGUACAAGGACUGUCGAAAUCUCCCCGACAAUCACAAAUCCAUCUGUGAUCACCUCAUAUACCGAGAUUGAAGGAUACAGUUCUGAUGUAACAGCUCUCAAUUUGGUCGUGGAGCCGUCAGCUGGCGUUUCCAUCUCUGUCAAUCGCUACGUGGAUUACUAUGUCAGCAUCACAUACACAGCUCCACCGUCAUGCUCUUAUACAACAAAGCAGUCGCUGACGACCACCAUCCCUGUGUAUGUACCAAAUGAUGCCAAUGGCUUCGUGGAUCCAAUCUGGAUAAAAACGACAACAGAGCACUAUUCCUACAUCACAGGGGCCUACACCGACGUGAAAGCGUUAUUGGACUCUACAGCUAUUCCGGCAAGCGUUUUUUCCUCCGCAAGUUCGCAAUACAAGCCGGCAUAUUAUACAUCCUGCUACAGCUACUAUGCUAAUUCUGGUUCAAAUUCCGGAUCGAAUUCAGGAGACUCCGACAGCACUGGAUAUGGCAGCGGAAAUUCUGGCUACUAUAGUUGUCAGGAGUUCAUCUGGACCGCUGGGAAUUCUGCUAUUGGGGGCGGCUAUUGUUGCUCUGACGGGUGCCACUACACCUGGGGAAUCACACCGUGGGCUGUUGCAUUGGCCGUAAUCUUCAGCUGGUUCGGUCUAUGCCUCAUAAUCGGGUUGGUCGAGAGCUGGUUCAUCUACAGGCGCGCCAUGCUCGGGGGGAAAGUUCGCCGCGGUUUCCCCUAUGCAUUCGCCUGUUCAUUUCCAAUUCUCUCCUGUCUAUCCUUGCUUUCUGUGAAGAAAUACCCAGCCAAGACCCCUGAUCAACAGACCUUUCUGGCAGCUCGUUGGGCAGAGAUGUCAUCCGGAACGAAGUAUAGCUUUUGGUUGAAGAACUUCUUCAAGAGACGCGAUCCUACCACUGAGGCCCUCGGUCUUACGGCCCCAAUGACAGCUCAAAUACCAUACCAGUCUCCGGGCCAGACCCAAGUGUAUUCUCCACCUAGUGGAACCGAUGGGCACGGCAUGCCACCUAUGUGUACUCCGUCUCCUCAUCAUGGGCAAGGGUCAACGGAUACGCCGAGAGGCGAGGAGCUGGAUGCCGAACCCAAGAACAUCACCGUUAACGAGGCCGAGCGAGCUGAAAGGACGCAGUAG